CUGAAUCGUUGGCUACUAUUAAUGAUUUUCUUUGGUUACAUUUGAAACUCAUGCAGGACCCGAAAUUCAUAAAGUCUCCUAAGAAAUCUCCAUUAAUAUUAACAAUUGUAGUCUUAUUUUUCCUCAUGGUUUCUGGAGUUUAUAUCUGCUCAAUCCGAUUAUGGCAAAUAAGCCCACGAACAAACGCCAAAUUUCUAAAUAUAAAAGCACUAGACCAGCAGCAGCAGCAGCAAUGUCAAGCUCCCGACAUUGAACAAUGGGAAGCUCCUCUUAUACAUUUUCCAAAUCCUAAAACAUUUAACAGGGAAGAAUGUGUCUGCAAUCCAGUAAGAUAUUUUGCCAUUUUUUCAAUGCAGAGAUCAGGGAGUGGUUGGUUUGAGACAUUGUUAAAUAGUCAUAUAAAUGUUAGCUCCAAUGGAGAAAUUUUUGGACUUAGGGAUAGGAGAAGUAAUAUUUCUUCAAUUUUGGAGACAUUGGAUAGAGUUUAUAACCUUGACUGGUUCUCUAGUGCUUCCAAGAAUGAGUGCUCAGCUGCAAUUGGAUUCAAAUGGAUGCUUAAUCAGGGUGUGAUGCAACAUCACAAAGAUAUCGUCGAGUACUUCAAGAAAAAUGGAGUUUCUGCAAUAUUUCUAUUCAGAAAGAAUUUGCUUCGCAGAACGAUAUCUCUGCUUGCAAAUGCCUAUGACAAAGACGUUAGGCCAUUGAAUGGAACCCACAAAUCUCAUGUCCAUUCAUCAGCCGAGGUUUCCUCAGCUUGACUCUCACAAGCAUGUAUCUUACUUCAUUUGGUUACCAUGUACUAGCUAAUCAUAAUGAUCGAAUUUCAGGCUCAGAUACUUGCAAAAUACAAGCCAACUAUAAAUAUCACGAAACUGAUUCCUGAAUUGAAGCAAGCCGAACGAAAAACUGCAAAGGCUGUUGAAUAUUUCAACACCACUCGCCA